CCCUAUACUCUUGCUACAAUCUUUCGUCCCUCUCUCUCCCCCGAACAGGCAGGUGCCUUCUACCCGUUCAUGAGAGCACACGCUCACCUGGACACUCGCAGAAGAGAGCCCUGGCUCUACGACGCCGACAAGAUGGCCGCCAUAAGAUCAGUGGUCAGACUCCGCUACCAGCUCCUGCCCUACUGGUACAGCGUGUUUCACGAGGCCCACCGCAUGGGCCUGCCCGUCCUCCGCCCGCUGUGGGUGGAGUUCCCGAGAGACAAGAACACGUGGGCGGCAGAGGACCAGUUUAUGGUGGGAGACUGUCUCCUGGUUCACCCAGUCACCGAGCAGGGAGCUACCUCAGUCCAGCUAUACCUCCCCGGGACCUCCACCUUGUGGUACGACAUGGACGACUACACGGUGUACACAGGAGGCAGUCGCUACUCUAUCAGUGCUCCACUGAACAAGAUACCCGUGUUCCAGAGAGGAGGGACGAUAGUUCCAAAGAAGAUGAGAGUUCGUCGAUGCUCUUCUCUGACUGCCAAUGAUCCAUACACUCUCAUAGUCGCUCUGGAUGAGAAGAAAGAGGCGAAGGGAGAGCUGUAUAUUGAUGACGGUCACUCCAAUGACUACCUGACUGGGGGGUUCGUGGUUCGAGAGUUCGAAUUUGACCGACACACGUUCACCAGCAGAACAUGGGCUUUUAGUGGGAUGUUCCCGACCAAGGCAUGGGUGGAGAGGAUCGUUAUAUUGGGCUACCCUCUGGAGCCUUAUCGAGUCAUGAUCAGCUUAGGUGCCGGCAGUGAAGAGCUGAUGUUCGACUACAAAUCUUCCAACAAGGCACUCACCAUCAGACGACCUGGAAUCAACAUUCUCGAAGAUUUCUCCAUCACAAUCUACGACGGCUGACUCCUCCCCUCUUCACUAGAGAACUCAAUUUUGAUAGGGGCCAACUGCUAAUUUAGAACUAAUUGUCAAUCACUGAUGUUCGUUAGUAUUAUAUAUACAGGUUUCAAAUUACGAUUUCUAGAGGGUGUGGCUAGUAGUGGUGGGUGUGGUCUCAGUUUGACCCAAGUUAGUGGGUGUGGUCUGAGGUGUCACAUGAUCUAGUGAGAGAUGAUCCAUGUGGAGGUCAUUUGGCUGUGGCUCAUCUCGCCUGUCUCUCUUUACAUCAGCCUACAAAGUGCAGUACAACAAAGCAGGGACACUAGUGUUCAAAGGUGGCCCUUACUUGAAUAAUACAUAAUUGUAUGGGUUAUACCAAAUGUGUCUUACAGAGGUGUCCUCUAUAU